AUCAUAUCCAAGAAGAUGCACCACCAGAAACUAUCUCAAAGGACAAAGAAGAAACAUAAAAUCCAGAAUACAAUGUUUGGCUAAACAAUGAUGGCCUCCUUACAAGUUGGCUUCUCAGAACCAUGAAUGAAGACUCACUUAGCCUCGUCGUUGGAUCAAACUCAACAUACGAGAUCUGGAAGUGCUUGGAAGAGCAUUAUCUUGCCUCAACAAAGGAGCAAGAGCUACAACUCAAAGGGCAAUUGACUAUUAAACGAGGAAGUAAUGAAUCUCUUGAAGCAUUCCUCAAGAAAUUCAAAAAUACCUGUGACAGUCUAGCUGCCAUUAACAAGCCUCUUGAUGAUCUUGAUAAGGUGUUUCAUUUGUCUAGAGUGGUUGGGUCACGCUACCAACCAUAUAAUCUUGUUGUUCUCUCUAAAGCUCCAUAUCCAACCUUUAGACAGUACAUCUUAGGCCUCAAAAACACUGAACGAGAUCUGAAGGCAGAAAAGGAAGAAGAAAAGAAUUCAGCCCAAAACUAUGAACAAGUGUUUAUUGUUCAAAGAGGAAGAGGAAAUCGAGGUAGAGGUAGAAGAAGCUUCAACUCUAGAGGAAGAGGCUUCAUACAAGCAAGCAAUUACAACAACCACUGGUCUGGAAACAAUAGACCAGUUGUCACAAAUAACAACCAGCCAUAUCAAGGAAACCUGCAACAGAAGAACCAGCCUAAGACACAGAGUUCACUUGCCAGAUCUGUGGAAUUUAUGGGCAAAGAUCCGAGUUUCUAUGCUGACUCUGCAGCAAGUGACCAGAUGACCUCAGACAAAGGUAAUGUCUACUCAAAACUACCUUAUAACAGAAACAGGAAGGAUCCAAAGACACAACAAAUUCUUGCCAAAGGAUCUAGGAAAGGGCAACUUUAUGCAUUAGAUGAAGAAGCACAGUAUGCUCUCUCAGCACUAGCAACGAACAGGGCAGAAGACUCUAUUUGGCACCAGCGUUUAGGACAUCCCUAGUCUCGUACAUUAGAAAAUCUUUCUUCAAGAAAAGAUAUUAUUAUGU